AGCUGGAAGUGUUUCGGUGCGAUCGUAAAGGCGGCAGUGUUUUCUAACGCCUAGUUAACAGCGUCAGCAUCCAAAAACGGCAACACCGACAGUUAGCGUGUUUGUUUCUUAGUUUAUUUGUGUCAAAUCGAUUGGUUUUGAUUGAAAGUGUGUCAACGAGCAAUAGUGCAUUCUAAGUGCUUUUGGCGUAGUGUGUCCUAGCCAGGUGGUGCGUGUAAUUAUAAAAGAAGCAAAUAAAGGAAAAUAUUAAGUGCCUAGAGUACAUCUUGAGAUAUUUUUGUGCGACAAAAAAUCUCAAAGUUCUCCCUCUCAUUCGGUAGUGAUAGUGUGUUCCACAGUUUGAUACGUGAUAGUCUUUAUAGUGUGUGAGCACCAACAAGGUAGAGGUUAAAUUUAGGGCCCCGUUUAUCGAGAGCGUCAUAUCGUUCUGUUGUGUUAAGCGGAAGCAAGUAACACUCCUCGCGAUCAAGAUGGUGAUGUCACUGUACCGGACUAUUAAGGGCCACACGGGCACGUACAAGCGGAGGAAGAACCGCGAACUGGAACGAAGCUUGGGAUCCCUAGAGGCCACACUGCCGCGUGAAAUGGUGUCACGACGCAAAAUAUUGUCCCGCUCGCGGGACGACCUCAACCUGGACCAGUCCUACAUCACACAGGAGGAAGAGGAGGACGUUUGGUAUCAGAAGGAGAAGCUCUACAAGGAACAUAUUCAGGAAGUGCUGGACAAAUGGACUCAGAUCGACGACGAGAUCUGGGCCAAAGUGAUCGUCUUCGAGCGAAACCGGCGUGUGGCAAAAGCAUACGCCCGUGCACCGGUUCUGACGAUUAACGGCUCAGAUGAUGGAUUCGAUGGAAUGCGGAUUGGCCUGUGCGGAUUUGACAAUCCGAUGCGCGACCACAAAACCGAAGAAGUCAAGCGACAUGUCGGACAGGGUGUCAAGAUCAAGAUGGACGACGCGGGCAACAUUCUCAUCAGACGCUACUCAAAGAGCAACGUGUACGUGAAGAGCACGGCCAGCCAGCCCAACGAGGAGACGGCCAUCGGUGCGGAUAUCCUCAAGCUGCCCGGCCAGGCUAUAGAGAGUGAAAAGAUUGUAAAGCUGUUCGACAUGAAGAAGUUCCAGUCGAACGUGAACCGUGAGCUGCGCCGUGCCUAUCCGGAUCGCAGACGUCUCGAAACGCAGUGCCUGUCGGCGAUCGCGUUCGUCAAGUCGGAAAACGACAUCCUCGAUUGCCCGAUGUGGGUACUGAUCAUCAAUGUGGUUGCAAUGGAUAUGCUGAAGAGUAAACUACCUCCCGCCUUUUUCCUUCCUCCCGCCCGACUUCCCACCUCCAUCUACGGUGCAGUCCAACGUCCGGUUGACAUUAAGAACCGUCCAAGAAUUCCGAUACCGGACGAAGAUCCGUACAGUGUGGCCGGCAACGGAGGCGGCAGCUCCGGUAGUUCCGGUUUCGGGGCCAGCGGGUCCGGCAUGGUUGCGGCGAGCCGGGAACACUUGAUGCAACCGGCGCAACCGAUGGGCGGCCAACGGCGCAGCGAGAAACCGCCGAAACUACCUCCACGUGACAAUCUGUACGCAACGCAUGAAAUUGGCAAGCCGGAUUAUGAUGACAUCGAGGAUGAGAAUCGUGUGAAGCUUCCACGGGGUAAAUCAGAUAAGGGCAAAGAUAACAAGAAGUACGAUGAUCCGUACUAUUGUGGACUGCGAGCUCGAGUGCCAAACUUUGUCAAGUCGUCCAAGUCGUCGAAGGAGAACAACAACAAUGGCCCAAAUGCGGCCGUCGGUGGUAGCAAGGAAACGGUCGCUUCGAAGCGACUCUCGAUCGCACACCUUCAGCAUCCGGCAUCGCUGCAGUCCCUGCACCAGCUGCACCAGAUGCAUCCCCAUCACAAUCUGAUGGCCGCCCAUCAGCACCACCAGCAGCUGAUGUGGCAUGCCCGAAGCUACGAGAGUGGAAUCGAUACGGACGUGGUCGAGUCACCCUAUAGUCACAUGUACGGCCGUGUACCGCUGCCAACACGCGGAUACAUACCGGCACCGAGGGCCAUGUACAUCGGCGAAUGGGACUAGAGCGGGGCCAAAGGCAUCCAUAUCCAAGUUCGCGCACUCUUUUUAUUAUACAGAAAUAAGGCAAUGGCGGCGCCCACCAGGACGAGUGUUGCAGCGCCACCGUGAUGGCAAAGGAACCGAUCGUUGCCAUCGUACCCAACAGGCACCCGGAACGAUCACGAGCGCUAUUGCAAGGGACACCACAUUGAGCAAUCGAAUAGAGCACUGAACAGCGUGCUGACUAUCUGUCUGCCUGCCCGGUUUCACUUCUUUUAACUAAUAUUAUAGAUUAUGGCUAAUAUUAAUAUUAUUAUGAAUACUUAGUAAUCUGUGGCGAAUGGGGAAUGAAUGGUGGGGCUCGUAUCGAUGGCGAUUUUCCGACGUAUAUACCCCCACACUCUCCCCUCUCCCCACCACCCGCAUGUCUAUGGUGUUUAGCAAAUAGGCAAUUUGUAAAUAAUCAUCAAACCCUCUUUCGAUCUGAUCAAAACCCUCUCCAGCCCAGCGCAGAGCGAAUGCUACGAAAGCAAUUCUGAUGGAAUACGCAAAAUCUGCGAUGGGAAAAUAAUGUUUUGCAGGGUGUUGUUCGCUCACGCCCUGUCAAAUGCGUACUUUAUCGACUUUCUUCCUCCCGAAAUCUUCCCCCUUCUGUCACUGAAACUCCUUUUGCACGGGACCCCAUCCUGCCGAUCGGAGAAGUCAAGGAGGAGGACGACUGAAUGCCUUUGGGUUAAUCGGUGCCAAUCGGUGACGUACUCAUCACUGGCGCGAACCCAUCAUCACACUGCCGAAGCAAGCCGCAUAACUGUCAUCAAUCCCGUGAGAAAGUAUACACAUAGACGACUGAACACGUGAUCGAUCGAUAGUUGCUCAAAUUGACUGAUCACUAUCAACGCACUCAACACUGAACUUAGUAAAAUCCGGUUCAUAUCAAACACUGCCAGCGAUAAUCUCUCGAUCGAGGUAUUCAACCCUCAACACUAUCUCAGUGAACACUGCUCACUGCUGCUACACGUACUGUCCUGUCAUAGUCCAUCCUGAGCUGCAAGAGGAGUCACGGAAAUUGAAGCAAUCGAGCAAAGGAGUAUAAGCAUAGUAGGCAUAGUUUUCAGUCAUAGCAGGUACUCUUCUUAGAAACGUAUGUACUAUUGUCCACAAAAUCUUCUUGUAAAUAUGAGACUACACUUUAAAAAAAAGGGAAAACUAAACGAUUAUUCAUUGCCCAACGGCAGAGCAUUCUUGGACAUUUAGGCCCUAAUUUCUUUUGCUCCCACUAGUGUGUAAAAUGCUAUUCGGUUUAAGUUUUAACGCGCAAAGAAAAGGAAAGCAAAACAGCGCCGCCCUACUCACCGGCGAAGCAAAAGCCACGACGCCAAGCAAUCCUGAUAUCUUGAAUGAGCUUUUCCAUUUGAUUUGGAGUUCUUUUUUUCUAAAUUCGGUACUCUGUAUAUCUGUUUGCUGGAACAUAAGGUAGUGCAGAAAUAUGCACAAGUCAAAAUUAAGCGCAAUAAUAUAGGAUUAUAGGAAAACUACUUCCAAUAGUUCUAACAGAAUGAAUGGAAACGGUCAUAAGGAGUGACCAAAAGAAGAUGUAAACUAACUGAUGCACGCCAACAAAUGAUGAUAUAAUACUCAAUACUCGAACGCGCUCUAACGUACGAUUCUAGCCACACAUUUGUCUUGUGAUGUGAACUGCCAGAGCAGUUCCUCUAAAGCUAAUGGGUGGUGGGUGAAGUUGUUUAGAUGAUCCUAGGUGAUGCGUCAUAUAGCAUGACAGGAUAGUAGGGCCUUUGACAAAGCAGAUAACGUGGCAACAUUUCUUUUAACAGCUAGCUAUAGUGAAGGCACGUACGAGCACUGCAAUCUAUAAACAACCGAACUCCAAAACGCUGUACAUUGUCUACUAAUGGAACGUACAUGGGCGAGCGAUUAACUAAGUAAUGAAUCGUUAACGACAACUGAAUAAGGUACGUGUGGUUAAAUCACGGACCGAGUGGUUCGGAAGAAUUCACUUCUUCUAAGCUGCAUAUCUUACUUAUAUGAAAUGACUAGUAUAACGUUAGUACUAUCUAUAUAGUGACACGAAGUAAGAAGCGGACAGCCUUCGUAUCAAUAGAGCUAUCACUAUCGGGCACUGAAACCACGUUGCGGCACUGGUUCGGAGCAACUGUACACAUUCCAGCAGGAUCUUACUCCUCCGACAGGAAUGAUAAUAACUUAGACGAUAGAUGAAACACACAUCAUUUUGUGAACAUUCGUGCGUGCAUACCUCUAGCUCGUAUAGAAUUGGGACACAAGUCUAAUCUUUUAACUGUUAAGGAAACACGCGUUAGAAAGCAACACAUGUACACGUACACCUGGUGAGAGGGCUCGUUAAGCGAACCAAACGUUCGAGAGAGAGCGAGAGAAAAAAACUCCCUACGAAGUUAAAGAUCCGCCGAGCAACGGAGUGGUUUGCUUGAGGAGAAGUACUUUGCUAGCAGUAGUUACAAUUGUAUUCCAAAAUAUUUUAAAAUCAACCAUAUUUGACCUUAGACAAACGGUAGACCGACGACGUUGGAAUGGUAGAAGCUAAUUUUCCUCACGCCCAUCAACUAGAGCGGAUUCUGAUGAUUGGAUAGUUUGUAACACGCACAGCAAGACGGUUAGGGACGGUCCUUAGCAUGAAAUAAGCGAAUGUAAGUUUCUUCAUCUUCGUCUCGUCUAAAUGUUCUGGAUUUUUUGAAAUAAAAUACUAUUCUUGUA